GGAGGAGGAGGAGAGGGAAGAGGAGGGCGCGCUUAUCCGCCGCGCAAGGUGCUGCAGCGCCUGGAGCCGAAGACGGAGAGCGGGCGCAACAAAAGCGGCGAGACGAAACAUCCUAGCCGAAGCGCUCCAGAUCAAGUUGUACCCUUUGAUCACACAAGAAAUGCUUCUUUGCCGUUACCUGCAGCCUUCCCCAGAGAGAACAGCAGAGGAGAAAUAAUUAAAGCAUGAAGAAAAUCAAGCAUCUCAAAACAAGCCCUCCUAGGCUCGGAGAGGACGAGGUGUUCUCCAUCCACACAUGCUCUCAUAGUGGAGAUGUGCCUGCCCGUUGAUGUGAGUACCCAGAUAGCACACCCCUGCUGUCUGUGGCUAGGACUCCUGAACAGCGCCUGAGCAGUCCGACAACUCCUUCCUCCUCUUGCCCUCUUCCUUCAAAAAGCAUCAGCCUGUUAGAUUGUCCGCGCCGAUUUGCUAUGACAUACAUCAGCGUUGAUGAGAGGCAGGAACACUGUCGGGUAAUUUUGAGCUGCCAGAAUAAUCAGCUGUACGCACAACAUGGCUUAAAGGAUUUCUCAGUUAGCAGCAUGCAUCGACUGAAGAACUUGGACGCUCGCAUUUUUACUGGGGACUUUAAUCCUGUGAGCAAAGCAGACAGCAAUGUAGGGACACAUCUGUAUCGAAGUGUGGAGAAUCUACACUGGGCCACGGGGGCUGAUCCGCAUUGCCAUCCCCGCUAUGGAAAUGUAGACAAAGAAUUUGUUGUCCAUUACAAAGGCACAGCUCAUUGGUCGAAGUGUUCUGCGGAAGGUACUCCAUCUCCCAGCUCACCUGAAUGUUGCCGACACUUCCCUCUCACAUUGGACAGAAUUCCACCUGCAGCGCGAGACAUCACCCUUCCUCCUUGUGCCAAAGUGCCUCCAUGGCUUUUCUCCUCCGUCGACGGGGAUGCCAAAAAAACCCUGAAGGAAAAACUUAGAAUUCACAGUAGUAAAGCUGCAGAGAUUUGCAAGCCUCUCAGACCUCAGGUUUCCUUGAAUGACCUGGUUCCAAGGGAAUGCUCUGAAUGCCGGGCAUGCCAGCAAUAUAAGAACGGUUGUUCGGUGAACUGUUGCACCAUAUUUGUGCAGCAUGCCACCCUCACUCACGGGCCAUGGACAGCUCUGGGAAGUCAUCGGCCUUGCUUUUCUCGACGACUAACAAACCCAGAAGACAUCAAGCAAGAAGCUCGGAGAAGAUUGCAGAUCAGGAGACAGAACAGCUCGCCCAACUUGACACUCCAUUGUGCCAGUGAUGGCCAGGACAUGGUCAAGUCCCAAACGACUGGAUCCUUAAAGGGAUAUGAGGGGGAAGGAGACACCAAAAGGAUUUUGGAGCUGAGCAAAAAAGGGGACUUCAAAGACAGACUCUACAUUCCAACUUUUGAAGAGUUCAAGAGGAUGAGAAUCAAGGAGACGUGUUUUCUCGGUGGCAGCAGUGAAGUGACAAAAGAUGUGAAGGAAGGAACCCAAAAGUUGGAAGAAAAAAGAAACCAGAACCCUUGUUCAGGUGCCCAGCAAGUUCUUGCCAAAGAAACGGUUGCAACGAUAGAUGAUUAUGAUGAUGUGUUUCAUGAAAAUACCCAGAGCACUUCUGGCUUUGUUGGCUAUCAAGAUAAUUCAUCCACAUGGGACAGGAGCUUCUGCCUGAUGAACAUGCCUAUGGCUAGGGACAAGCACUAUGAGGUGCCAACUUCAGAUAGAAUCCCAGUCCCCAUUUGUUCAAGUCCAAUUCCAAGACCACCUCUACAAUCUGCUGCAGCCCUUAGGGAGGAGGGAGGGAAAACCUUUGCUGAAGGGGAGACUCAGGGAUUGAAUGCAAGACAACUAAGCGAAGUCCUUCACCAUGCUGGACAGCCAGUGGUGCCUGAAAAUCAGUCUUCUUGCUGCCCAUUGCUAAUAGAAGCAACAGAUAUAUCCAGCUAUGGAGCUAAGCUGCAGAAAAUGAAGGAUGAAUUUAUAGGCUCUGCCCUGGACCUCAUUAAGAAGAGCUGCAGUGGUGAAGCUAGCCCAGAGCCCACCUCCAAAGGAUUGUGUGAAUUUAAGAAGGAUGACCUCACUUUUGUGGAGGACUCUCAUCAACCCACUAGCUCCAGCCCCAACUGCCGCAGAUCCAGUUCUGACAUCUCCUACGAAACUUCGGACUGCACCAAAGCUCAACGGGAGUGUCGGCUGCGGCCUCAUUUCAGUGAUCCGAUGCCAACAGAUGCUGUGAAGAGGAAACAACUGGAGCUGAAGAUCGCUGCAGCAGCACGGCAGCAUGCCCAGAAGCGCCGGCAAGAGAGAGACUCCAGCCCAGUGCUGACGAAAGCCAACCUCAACUGCAGCAGCAACAUUGAUGAGAACCAUGGCAUUCUGGGCGGCUCCUUUCGUUCCAAACACCGCUGGAGCAACGUCAGCAGUCUCAGCGCCGACAGUGGCAUUGUGGGCGGGAGUGACGAGAGGGACAGUGCCGAUGCCAUCAGUGGAGGGGCACCAAGAAUGAGGUCAGCUGAGAUGGAGCGGGCGGACAGCGGCAUCAGCCAGGUGCUGAGUAGGAAGUGGAGGAGCAAGGCGUCAGAGACGCUGGCAUCUCUGCAGGCAUGGGAGGCCCACCAGCCUUGCACUGACUGUGGGGGGAGACACUUCCCGAUGGAGACGGAUGUCCAGAACCAGAACAAGAGGCGGGCCGUCCUCUGCGAGAAGUGCCUGAAGUGUCGGACGGAGAGGAAGGAGUCAGUGCUGGAGUUUGUCAACACUGAAACCAGCUACGGGGAGGACCUGCGCAUCAUCAAGGAAGAAUUCUAUCUCCCCAUGCAAGCUGCUGGCCUGCUAACACAGGACCAGCUGCUGGUGGUUUUCAGCAACAUACAGGAGCUUAUUGACCUCAACGAAAACUUCCUGGAGUACCUUCAGGAAGAGAUUGAGCAGGCCUUUGAGCAGGGUGAUGAUGACCUCAUGACUGUGUGCAUCGGUGAAAUAUUCCUGGAAUUUGUCAAUAUGCUGCCUGCCUUCCAGACGUACUGCCUCCAGCAGUCAUCUUCAGUGAACAUGCUCAAUGCACUGGAAAAAGAGAAGGAGUUACUCAGGAUUUUCCUCAAUGUUUCCCAGAACGACAACACAGCGCUUCGCCGCAUGAAUCUGCGGUCCUUCCUCAUGGCUCCACUGCAGAGAGUCACCAAGUACCCACUUCUGCUGAGCCGCAUCAUCAAAGCCACCACUGAGUACCACCCAGAUCACAGCAGCCUGAGGGAGGCCAAAAGCCGCAUUGAGUCCCACCUGGAGCACAUAAACAUGAAGACCAAGCAGGAAGGGAACUCGUGGACUCUGCGUUCCUUCCGCCAGGACAGCAAGAAGAACAGGGAGGUCAUUAACAUUGAAAUGAGGGAAACCGCUAUCAAGACUGUGGGCUGGCUGCGGGAAGAAACCCGCUUUGUGAUGGAAGGGCCCCUGCAGCUGGCCCAGCCUCCUGAUGGGCAGUGGGUCAAAAAGGGCAGCAAGACCUUAAAAUUCCAGAACAUGCAAGUGCUCCUCAUGGUCAACAUCAGGCGCGCCUCCGAGUCUAGCUUUGAACCCGGAGAGCCAGGGCCUGUGAAAGAUGCAGUAUUGGUACUGAUUAGGGACAAAAACAAUGGGAAGUUCAGCUUGCUCAGGGAGCCCUUGAGACUCAGCAACUGUGUGGUCUCUGUGGAUCCCGACUGCGACGACACGUUUGAACUCCUUGAGAUCAGGCGGGAGUCUUAUGUGUUCCGAGAUGGAGACAAGGCACGGACUCACCACUGGUUCAGGCAGAUACGCAGGUACUCUCGGGAGCUGGGCUCCUGGAAGAAGCGGCGCAACGCCUUGCCCAACAUCAUGAUAAGCGCAUCGCACAAUAGGUCAUGAAAGGAUCGCUGACUGCGAAAUGACUUGGCUAAGUAAGCUCAGAUAUUUCCCCACGACCUGCUUUGGGUUGAAGAUCUCCUUUUCAACAAAAAUUGCACCAAGGAUGAACUUCACCUGGCCAAUUAGCAUUGGAGCUAUCCAUAACAAUGUCAUUUUCUACUGAGAAUUCAUUUGUGACGAGUACCACUUAAAUAAGUGUUUCUCAAAUUGAAGGAGAAAAUGUGCCCCGUUUUUAAGCUUGUUAGAUCUUCCAUACAACCCAACUUAGAAACCUCAUUGGGUGUAGCUACCUGGCUCCUACAACCUUUAUGUCUGCUUUGCUCCCAACUGUGUGGUUCCUACACACACAGUUGCUCCCCUACCUCCGCUCCUCCUCUUCUCAGCUGCUCCACAGCCCAUGGUCCAGGUAACCCACAGCAGUCUGUGACUGACCAUUCCACCCUUCACUUUCAGCAAAUCCAUGAGGUAGACACUCAGCUUGUGGGAAAUCUUGAACCUCUUUAUAGACCUACUUAUCAAUAAGACAUACAAAAUGCUACCCCCUCUCUUGUAGGUGCCCCACAAAUCCACAUUCCCCAUUUUGAGAGGCAUCGCCUUAUGAGGUGAUAAAGUGAGGGCCCCGUGGAACAAGAACUGUCAAAAGGAGGCUGUCCUUUUUAGAGGAGAUUGGUGGCCAACCUUCUGCUUAGUGUAACUGACUGAGCUGGUAGAGAAAAGGAAGAGUGUUGUUAGUUUGAAGACUGCCUGUUAAGUGUGGAGUGAGAGUUAAGCAUGAGCUGUAGGAACAUAAGGAGUUAAUCUGGCUAGCCAAAAUAAUCACUUCAGCACAACUUGGCCUAAGGAGAAAUCAGUGGAGGCUCUUAAGUGGUAAGAGAAGUGAGAUCUAGAUUCUGGGUAAUGGGAAUCUUUUGCACAUUUUGUAAAUAGGCAUAAUAGAGAAGACAACAAAAUGUGUGUUGUCUAUCUGAGGGGCAGGGCGGGCCCUUCAGAUUUGUGGCCUACUUGGGAUGUCUUCCUCUAUGGUAAUUAGGGGUUAUUGGCACCAGAUCAUGAGGAGCAGGUCUCUAGAGAGAAAAUAUUGAGCUAAUAUUGUUAAUAAUGUGGGGAUCAGAUAAGAGUGUGAGAUGUCUGACACUGCAUGAUUGUGCUGGGAAAAUGGAAUUUUGACCAUAUAUGAUAGACUGGUUUCAUUGUGCAUAUAUUAUAACAGCAUUAGGCAACAUCCAGUCAAAUUUAGAGCAGUAUUAACACAAUAAAGGAGAAUGUUUAGACAGUAUAAUUAGCCUCAUUUCAGCUUGCUCUCCCAGGAAACAUUUAAUUCAUUCAUCUUUUGUUAGCUUAUCAGUUUUCUACUUCUACCCUCAUGCCCAUGUAGGAACCAGUUUACCGAGUUUUACUUUGCACUGAAUGCAUGUAACAUGUAAAUGGAAAAGGAAGCCGAAAUAUAUUCAAAGUUCACUCACAAACAUUCCAGAAUACCUGUAUAAUCCUGUGGAUAAGCAAUACUCUCUCCCUUUACAGAUCACUGGAUUUGUUUGUAAAUGGUUAAAAACCCAUUGUAGAAAUCCAAGGAAUGUCUUAACAUCAGAAAUCUUUCUGAAAUAUGCUUCUGUUAAUAAGGCUCAAUUACCUCUUCUAGUUUGUGAUUAUUUAAAUGAUGUAAUCUAGUGUAUUUCAAAAUUUUAAUUGAAAAGGAAUCCGUUACAUUAUUGUAGAUUAACAUAAAAUGUUUUAAUAAUUAUGUUUCCUUGCACUUUAAUUAACUCCUCUUUUUGUUUUCCAUACCAGAUCACACCUAUC